AUGGCAGAUUGGACACCGCAGACAGAGGGCCUGACAGAGCUCCUCCACUGCCUUGAGCAGUCGCAGUCAUCGGACAAUCAAGUACAAGCUGCAGUCAGAACGAGGAUCGAUCUCUUCAAUGCCAACAUACCCGACUACAACAACUACCUGGCCUAUGUCCUCGUCACGCCCAUCGACGGCGUUCAAUCGCAAUACAGGAGCGUGGCAGGCUACCUGCUCCAGACGAAUAUCCGACUCAAGCUUCAGACUUGGCCACCCUCGGUCGUGGAGUAUGUUCGCUCCGUCGUCUUUCGAGGCCUAGCAGAUCACGCGCAAGAUAUCCGGCGAACAGCAAGCUCUGUCGUCGCCUGGCUCACUAUCGAGCUCGGCCUGGACAAAUGGCCCGACGCGCUGCCCGAACUCAUCAAGCUCUUAGACUCGCCGUCUGUGCCCGUGCAAGAAGCCGCGUUCAAUACUAUCGCCAAGAUUUGUGAAGAUAUGCCGAGACAGCUGGAGCAGGCGCAAUACAACGGACAGAGACCGCUCGACUACUUGAUACCGAAGCUCAUCGCUUCAUUUGACUCGGACAAUGUCAAGAUCAGAAUUUUAUCACUUCAGGCCAUCUCGCCCUUCAUCGUCGAUCAGAGUAUGCUCAAGACUGACGGCACGCGUCCGCCCACCAUGUCGACAAACAUAGACGCCUUCCUACAAGCUCUCUUUAAGCGCGCUUCUGACCCUUCGCCAGACGUCAGGAGACUCGUCUGCUCGUCCAUGGUACAGCUCCUCUCGAGCUGGCCGGAAAGGCUGCUGCCCGAUCUCGGUCCUGUCGUGGACUACAUGCUUCACUGCUGCAAAGAGACAGAUCCAGAUCUAGCGAGAGAGGCAUGCGAGUUCUGGCUCGCUUUCGCCGAAGACGCCAAUAUCUCAGAUGCGCUCAAGCCUUACUUGGAUCGAAUCGCGCCGGUCUUGCUCGACGGAAUGGUCUACGACGAGGAUGAGCUACUCAUGCUCGACGAACCCGACGAAGACAACGCUGCUGUGCCCGAUCGACCAGAAGACAUCAAGCCUAGAUUUGUGCAGGGCCGUCAACACGCUCAGCAGCAUGAUCCUGCUUCGGCGGAAGCUUCCGGAUCUGCUCCGCCCGCCAAUGGCACCUCAAAUCAAGACGCAGAUGAGGACGAAGAGGAAGAGGAAGAUGACGAGGAGGAGGACGAGGAUACGUCGUGGACAUUGCGCAAAUGCUCUGCUGCAGCGCUCGAUGUCCUGGCCAACCACUUCGGCGAUGAGCUCUUGACCCUAUUGUUACCGCACCUGAAAACGAAGUUAUGGAGUGAUGACUGGCUUCAACGAGAAUCCGGCAUCCUGGCACUCGGCGCUAUUGCAGACGGCUGCAUUAAUGGCAUCGAGGCGCAUCUGCCCGUUCUUGUGCCAUACUUGCUUCAGAUGCUGCAAGAUGCAAAGCCGCUGGUACGAUCGAUUGCCUGCUGGACGCUCGGGAGAUACUCCAGCUGGACGAUCCCAACGCCCGAGCAACCUGGCCACAAGGCGACAUAUCUUCUACCUGCAGUCGAAGGGCUCCUCCGAAUGGUACUCGACAACAACAAACGCGUUCAGCAAGCUGGCUGCAGUGCAUUCGCGACGCUAGUAGAAGAAGCAGGGCCAGAGCUCAACGAUUUCCUCGAUCCGAUAUUACGCAACCUCGUAAUUGCCUUUGGCAAAUAUCAGACGAAGAAUCUGUUCAUCCUGUAUGAUGCUAUCGGCACAUUAUCAGACGCAGUUGGCACGGCUCUGAACAACAAAGCAUACAUCGACAUCAUCAUGCCACCCUUGAUAUCGAAAUGGCAGUCGCUACUAGAUGACGAUCCUGCGAUCAUUCCGCUACUCGAGUGUAUGUCAUCGGUCGUUAUCGCCAUCGGCGACGGCUUUGGUCCUUACGCGCAGCCCGUCUUUGAACGAUGCGUCCGUAUUUGCUCGUCCAGCUUGACAGAGUUUGCGACAUUCCAGAAUGAGCCAGCACAUAACGACGAGCCCGACCGUACAUUCCUCGUUGUGGCUCUUGAUUUGCUCAGCGGUCUCACGCAAGGAUUGGGCUCGUCGAUCUCACCGCUAGUAGCAAACGUCCAGCCACCGUUAUUGACAGUGCUGUCUGCCUGUCUCAAGCAUCCCGAUGCGCCAGUGCGGCAAUCAGCGUAUGCUCUGCUCGGCGACAGCGCGAUCUCGUGUUUCCCGCUCCUCGUGCCAGUCUUGCCAGCGAUCAUGCCCGAUCUUGUCGAGCAAAUCGAGCUAGAACCCCAUCACGACGUCGUCAGCGUGUGUAACAAUGCUUCUUGGGCAGCAGGCGAGAUCGCACUGAAGCAUGGCGCACAAAUGGAGCAAUUCGCACCUGCCCUGCUAGAACGUCUCAUACCGCUCAUGGUCUCGCCCAAAGUACCUCGAAGUCUGACGGAGAACUCUGCGGUCACUAUCGGCCGUGUUGGCCUAGUCUGCCCUGCCGUGGUUGCGCCUCACCUCGCGUAUUUCAUUCAGCCGUGGUGUACAGCGCUUGCGGAUAUCAAGGACAACGAGGAGAAGGAUUCGGCCUUCAGGGGCAUCUGCAUGGUCAUCCAAGCCAAUCCGAACGGCCUCUCAAACCACUUCCAAUUCUUCCUCAAUGCGGUCGCACGCUGGCAGAAACCCUCGCCAGAGCUAUUCGAGAUGUUCAGAAGUAUCCUAAAUGGCUUCAAGUCGGUGAGCGGCGAUACCUGGCCAGCGAUCAUGGAGCAAUUCAAUCCUGCCAUCCGGCAACGCCUCGCCGAGCGAUAUCAGGUAUAG